AGAAAGGUAGUACUCUAGAGAGAGAAAGAGAGAAGCGCCAGAGAAUCUCCCAGGUCUGAUUGUCCAAAAGACUGAAAAAAGGAAGAGAGGAAUGGGAAAGGCAGAAGCCCCUAAUUUAUGGCUUUUCCACCCAAAACCCAAUGCAAAGUGAUGAGGAAGAAAAUCAAUGCAUUCUCCUAUCCACCACCAAACCUUGGUAGAGUGAGAACAAUACAAGAGGAGCCGGCAGAGAAUACCAGAAGUUGACAAACUUCUGUUCUUCGAGAAGCUCAUUUUUUUCUCCUCUUCUUCUCCAGAGGGGUGAGACCGUGAGAGAGGAGAAGAUCCCCCUCAUCUUCAUCUGCCUUCCAAGCUAGUCUCCCCCUCCCUGGCCUGCAUCUGGUUUUCCCGUCCAUGGCCUAGUGACCAAGGAUUGCAUUGUAUCUCUGUCCAUGCGGAUGGCGAUAAACUAGUACUUGUUUAUUGGUGUUGCUGUUUGUUUGGUUGGCCUCGUCUCCUUGUUUGAGGAAGUGGGGAAAGAAGGAAUAUUUCGUUGGAUCAUGGCGGUUCCCAGGCGGCCGGUGGGCUUCGUCUCCCCGUGACAGGGUCUCUUCUUGGUGAGGCAACCUGGAAUUUUCCUCUGCUCAUUCAUGAUAGAGAUGAACUGAAUAAGCUGGCAUUCAUAGCUCAGUUUCUUGGGAGUUAUACAUACAGAGUCUCUCACCCACCGUCGUUUUGCAUCGGAGAACUUGUGUCAAUUUUCAGGUCACUUCCAGGUGCAUUUCCGGUGCUGCAAAAGGAAUAGCUGGAUGAAAUAGCUGAACUAAAGAGACUUGGUCUGCAGAUUCUUUUAUUCAGCACUGUUUCAUAUUUGACCAUUUUGAAUGGGAGCAAAAGUUGAGGGCAAGAUCUAUAUUCCAGGAUGCUUUGACAUGGCAGAUUCUAGUGUAAACUCUAAUGGCAAUGCACUGCCAUACUUCAAGGAGAAUAGACCGAGUGUGCAUCUUAGUGACAAGUUCACAAUAAAAUCUUCGGAUGGAUCUGUACAUUAUGACAAGGAAAUGUUAAAGCGAACAAUUCUUGUACAUGAAGCUACAUUCCGGAAACAGGUGUACGAACUUCACCGUCUUUACCAAAUUCAGAAGGAUUUAAUAACCCAAUUCCAAAGAGAAGAGUUCAAUGGUUGUCCUAGAUAUGCAGAUGCAUUGCAGCCAAGGUCCUCUGCAUCGCAGGUACUACUUGGGGAUGUUAAACGAGCGUGCCAAUCUGUGACUCCUAUUUCUGGACACGAUCAUAAGCAAUCAUCCAUAGAUUUGAUUAACGGAAGUAGUUCACAGUAUAGUGUGAGUGGAGCUCCUUCGAGGCAUAACAAUGUUAGGUCUCAAAAUAAAAUGUUGGACCUUCAGCUUCCUGCAGAUGUUUAUGCUGACAACGACGACGACGUAGAGAUCCUGGAAGUGAGGCCUUCAAAAAGUUUGCCAUUGGUUAAUGGUUCUAUUCUGAAUGGAAAUGUCAAUCUCAACAUUGAAAAUAGUGAGGGUUCUUGGAUCACUGAUAUGCAGGCACAUCACAGCUCAGCUGCGUAUAUACUGAAUAAACCAGUUGAAGAAUCAUCUAGGAUGAAAAUAACAGAUUUUUCUGGUGUGGGAACAUCUGCUUCUCAGAACCAGCAUUAUGCAUCACAGGGAGUGAAUCUGAACCUCCUCAGCUUGGAAGGAAAAUUGAAAGAAAAAUGUGUUGGUAAAAUAUCUUUCUCUAGGUUCUUUGGUGCAAACAAUGAUACAAGGCAUUGCAAUUCAUUUCGACAGAGGAAGGAUGAUUCCAAUGCUAGCAUGGCAUGGUCCAAACAAAAUUGUACUGGUUCUUCAAUGGGGCAUUACCCGCCUAGUGCUAGCACCUUCAAUCACUUGAACUUUGCACCGCCUAGCUUCAAUCACGCACUGAAUCCUCCAUGGCAAAGCAACAUCGCAAGCUAUGGUGCUGCUGAAACAUCCAUUGCUAAGCAUGCUCCCUCCAGUGGUAUCUCGAUGGAUUCUACUCCAAAUACGCCAUAUCAUCAUUCAUUGAAGAUUCAUGAAGAGGCACAACAUCAAAAGUUCCCUCCACUCCACCACAACCUGAAGGAUAUAGAUCUGAAUGACGCUCCAGUAGAUACUGCUUUCACUUGGGAACAGGGAAGUGAGAAAUCAGUGGCUGAUAUCUCUUGUCUCAGUAAGAAACCGGUAAGCCUGAUGAAUUCAGAAGUCCCAUCAGGUUAUACGAAUGGCAAUUCUCAGAUAUUGCCCAGUCCCACAUUAUAUUCGGAAAGUAAACCUUCCACAAGAGUCCCCGCCUUUCCCAUCAGUGUUGGCGCUGAAAAGGAUUCUUGGUGUUCACCCACUCUUCAGUACGACCUAAACAUUGGACCAUCGAUUAAGUGUGAACCUGACAUGGAAAUGCAACCCCAGAGGAAGGAAGCUGACAUAGAUACUAGGAACCUUAUUGACCUGAAUGAACCAUUGCCGAUCAUGGAUGAUGCAGAGAUGGAUUCUUGUGAAUCAGGUGAACUUGUUCCUCAUGAACCUGAUGAUCCUUCAAGGGAUUCUCUUGCUAUAACCGCAGCAGAAAAUCUGGUAGCAGAAUCAGGUGAACUUGUUCCUCAUGAACCCGAUGAUCCUUCAAGGGAUUCUCUUGCUAUAACUGCAGCAGAGAAUCUGGUAGCAAUUUGUAAUGUUGUCAUUCAGCCAACUUCUCCUGAACCUGACACUUUGCGUUGGUUCGCUGACCUAGCAACAUCCAAAGAGAAUACAAUGUUUGACGAGGACAGCGAUGAUGACUUUGAGGCUUUGACACUGAAGCUGCAAGAAACCAAAAGCAACGAGUACCAUUCAACACCACGAGCCAGCCAGGAGGAUAUCCGCGACAAUGGGCAUUGCUCUGCAGCUUCAAUGCUGAUCCCAAAACCUCAGAGAGGCAAAGGGCGAGGACGCCGUCAGAGGAAAGACUUUCAGAGGGACAUCCUGCCAUGCCUCGCCUCAUUGCCGAAGCAUGAGGUGUCAGAGGAUCUUUGUGCCCUCGGGAGGCCAAAGCUAGUGACACCAACAAAGCGAGGAGGCCGGAAUGGGCAGCAGCCGAGGGGAAGGCGCCGGGCAAGAAGUGUGGCUGUGUCCAUGGAGGUGGAGGAAGCUGCUGAGGUCAGCCCACCGCCGGUGUCACCACCACUUGCCCCAGCUGACUUGGAUGCCGAUGCACUAGGCAUGACCAGGUGGGGGAGGACUACAAGACGCUGUAGAAGGCCAAGAUGUCCACCAGCUAACAAUGCGUCAUUGCAUGUAGCUUGAAGAGUUUUAGCCUUGUUUAGGUGUUUUAACUGGUGAGAUUGGUCAGAGUUCAGAAACCGUGAUUUCUUUCCUGACGAGUUGCAGAGAAAUUGAGGAACUAGUAGGUGAAAAAGUAGUCAAGUCAUAAUUGUACAUGCUUCUCAGCACUAAUUUGGGCUCCAGAACCUGCAUUGGAUCAAAACAUCUUGCAUAACUCUUUGAAAAUGAACUCUAAGCCCUGAAACAAAUGCACCUGGAGAAUUAGCCUUUCUACUAGUUUGUUGGCAUUCCAGUUUUCAUUAUUUUUACCUGAUUGUUGAUGAAGCUGACAUGCCAAUGUGAUCUCAUGUUAAAAUAAUCACAUGUUCGAUAGGCAUCA